GUGCGUUCAGUUACGAUUAACGUUCGCCAACGUUCGGUAACAUUCGCUAACAGUCGUUAUUGAACGGUCCGUUGGCGGAAAACGUUUUCGACCAAUAGCUAACGGUUUUAGUAUGUAGUUAGCGAGUGAAACAAAGAUGGCGGAUGAGUAAGUUUUGCUUAUAAUUUUCUUCAAAAAAAAUCAAAUUUUGUCUUAUUUAAGCCAAUUUACUAAUGAAAUUUACUUGCAAAUUACGGAAGAUGAUCGCUUUCACCCAUAAACUAAAUUGAUAUGAUAAAAUACUCGAAAAAACGCGCAAUAUUUAGCGAUCAUUGAAAGUUAUAAAAACAACAACAACAACGUUAUAAAAGAAAUCUAGGAAAAUGAUGUUUUUGAGUGUUGAUGUACACGAUAGGUUUGAUUUUUGGUUGCGAAACAAAAUAAAAUCACAUUUGCUUACUCCUAAAGUAUUCUGUUUUAUUAAUUUCUUACUACUUAUCCAAAACAAAAAAUAAUGUUAGAAAAAAUUCACUGGACAUGCUUACGAUUUUUCUAACGUAUUGAUACUAGAUUUUAUUUUAUAGUAAAUGAUGAUUCGUUCAUUGCAAAUGUGUAUGAUUUUCAAAAUUAAAUUAUAUAAUGAGAGACUGUUGCUCGCUUGUGUUAUUGAAUCGGGGUUAGAUCGGCCCUAUUCCAACUCGGUCCACUUUUCAAUAUAUUGAUUAAUAUUGGUUUGUUUUAUAACUCUAUUGUUGUAACCACAUAAUUAAUAUAUUGGCAAACAUGGAAAGAUGUUUUCUUAAAUUAUACAUACAUAUAACAUUAUACAUUAUAACAUGCAAGUAAUCAGAAAAAGUUGUCUUGAUAUGUUUAAUAUGUUUCUUUUUUUAAAAGUGGGCCGAGUUGACCCGUGCCAAAUUGGAUAGGGCUGAGUUGAAUCUUUAAUUUAUUAAACAUGUUUAAAAUCUGUGAAGCAAAAUUCUGAUAAUACUGCUGGCAUAGCACGCAUAUACAUGAUAAGAGAUAAGUAGCAUUAAAUAAUCUUUGCACUCAUUUUUUUAUACAUGUACGUUUGUAUUUUCAAGUUAAAACCCUAGCCUUAUCGUAAUUCAUUUUCCUUAAUAAAGUCAGAGAAGUAUUGCUUAUUUUGAUAAUAUGAUUAUGCUUUCAGAACAUUUCUAGUGAAGCUUACAAUUGAUAAUGAAGAAGUGACUAUGCUAUGGUACGACAUCAUGCAUAUGAGCUGGUGGCAAAGGCUGUGCAGAAAGACACAGACUCUGAGAAAACAAGAAACGAGAGGCAGGAAGACCAACUAGCAGAAAUACGACAUGAGAUUCAGCUUAAUACUACAGAAGAAAAUGACAGUCAACAGACUGAUCUCUCCCAGAAUACAAAUCAAACAGGGAGCAGUCAAGGUACAAUCACAUGGAGUCAUGAGGCUGUCCUCCUUUUGAUAAGUUUGUACUCAGAACAUAAAGAGUUGUUCAAUAACAACUUGUACAAACAAAAAGAUGUUUGGAUAAAAAUAUCUAAGGGUAUGGAAGAGAAAGGCCACCACUUUCAGCCUCAUCAUUGUGACAGUAAAUGGCGUGCAUUAAAACACAGACACAAGGUUAUCACAGAUGACAAUGGGAAAAGUGGACGUGGCCGACGUACCUGGCAGUAUUUUGAUGCCAUGAACGAGGUUCUUGCUGGUGACCCAGCAGUGAGACCACUUAGAGUAAUGGGCUCUACAGAAAAUGUUCGAGAAACAACAGAGUUGUCGGAGACUAAUAAUAGAAGUAAGCCUCCACUGCCACCAACUACUUUGAGGAUCAGAACCCCUUCACCUUCUCUAAGGCCUUCGUCACCCUCAACUCCGGUUAGAACCCACAGUCCAUCACCAUCUGACAAUGGAGCAACUGGCGGUUCAGAGACUCCGGUAUUGAACAGAAAGAGGAAAAGGAGUGGUGAGCCUCCAGAAUGGUUCAGAGCCUAUGCUGAGCAGGCUAAUAGACGGAUGGACUCUCUGGAGGAAAGCAAUAGGCAAAUGAUUGCCAUUGCACGAGAACGGAACAGCAUUCUUAAGACCCUUGCUGAGGCUUUAGCCAAACAGUAGACUUGUUGUGUUCAGAUGUGGACUUGUAAAUAAUAUAAAAAUUGAACUUUAAAAUUGAGUGGACAUGCUGUUUGUAGAGAAAUGAAUGAUUGUUUGGAAAUUUGCUUUUUUUUUGUGGUAAAAGUUUACUGAAAUAAGUGAAUGUAUCUUUCAUAUUUUUUAUUUGAAAUAAAAUUUUUUGUUACUGUAUAUGCUUUUGGCUUUGUGUUCUAAGCACUACACAUUGGUGACUGUGACCACAUAUACACUUCUAUAACCUGGCCUACUAUUCUUAGGAUCCUUUAUUGAAACUCAUGCAUUUUUCUGCUGGUAACAUGUUAAUUAGGCAUGUGUAUAUAACAAUAGCAAAGAUAAAUAUGGCAUGAAAGCGCAGUUGGUUAGACCUUUGACUUGUCACUCAGAGGUUCCGGGUUUGAUCCUGGGUAACACCCUUGAUUGUUCAGAAGCACUCAGUGAUUCCCAAGGACCUAGAUGUAAACUGGUAAGAAACCCAUGUACGAGUGCUAUACACUGGGCAUAUAGAACCAAGAGCUUAUUCAAUAAGAGCUAAGGACUGGUUCCCGGAUUCCUUAGCUGUCUCUGGAAUCUGCUUAGGACCCUACUGGAAGUGCUUGCACUUUGUAGGUUAUCCUUGACCGCUCCGUGUAAAGAAAAUCAAUCAUGUAGCAAACCUUUGGUAAGCUAUAGAAUGCUAUCCUCUGUUGUGAUACGAGGUUAUUAGUGUAAGAAAUAAGGAUUCAAAUCGACUCGGCUGGUCGGACUACCAGAUUGGAAUAUUC